GGAGAGAGGGACGGUUUGAGUUCAAAAUUUGCCGAUAGACUUUGGAUGACAACUUGCGCCCAUUCCAAGCUAGUUAGCUAAGCUUAUUGACACCUUUCUGAAAAUACGAAAACGAACCCAGAAGAUUGUGUAAUAUAUUUAUGUUUGAUUAAACAUGUCGAAGAAAGAAAUUUACUACUCUGACAAGUACACAGAUGAAGCAUUCGAGUACAGGCAUGUUAUGCUUCCGAAACAGUUAUCCAAGCUGGUGCCCACCUCUCAUUUGAUGACAGAAGAUGAAUGGAGGGGUCUGGGGGUGCAGCAGAGCCAGGGCUGGAUCCACUACAUGAUCCACAAGCCAGAGCCGCAUAUAUUGCUUUUCCGAAGACCUCUUCCAAAGGAUUGAGUGGAAAUCAUCUUCCACGUCCCGGAAAACCGCCUCAGUUGAAUUGUAUGGUCUUUGUUGACUAAACAAGAUGUACAUCUCUCCAUGUGUUUUGGUGUAUAGAAUAGACCAUUUAUUUUCAGUUUUUUUAAACUCCUCAAAAUAUUGGCGGUAUGAUAGAGGUAGCCCAAGGAGAGUGGAAGGCAGAAGGCUCGGCCCUGACUAAGAGAUGGUGAGCAGUUCUGCUUUGAUAAGUGGCAACAAUAUGAAGAUGGAAUUUCUCUCAUGAGACAUUACCGAGUUUGAAUAACAUUUGGUACACUUUUAUUGAUGUUUACUUGUCAAUAUAUGUUGUAUUAAUGAGCAUAGUGGUCAAAUGUAGUUUUUUUUUUUUUUCUUGAACGUGGAACAUUUUAUUCAAAGAAGAAAUGUUUUUAUUUUAUUUGUUUUUCUGUGUGUGUGUGUGUGUGUAUUAUCAGACAGUAUACGUUUUGACUGACUAGAGUCGCAUUUCUGUUCAUUCUAAAUAGCACUGUUGCUGGAUAGUACGUAAAUACAAUAUAUUUCUUUACUUUCUGUGUGGAAGUUUGUAUAUGUUCUUUUCUGUAUCUAAACAUCCUUAAUUUCAUAUUUUAUAAUAAGCCAGCACGGCAGUAGAAAUGGUUCUCAUUUGUCACCUCAUCGAGUUGUUUGUUUUGCAGAUAAAUCCAACAUUGGUUAGGCCUAGUCCCAUAUGAUGGAGGAACAUGGUUGUGUAGUCAGCUACAUUGACCACCAGUGGGGUGACAAACUCUGUGUCUGAUGCCCAGAGAGAAUGCUGGGGCCCGGGGCUUGUGGACAAUCACCUUCUCAGGGUUACGAGUUCCAGGGAAGGCUUUAGAGUGGCAUCGUUGGGGAAGCCAUGGCAACCUAGCAUGGAGAAAGCUGGUUGCCUGGGCAGGUAGACACUUGGAUCUGUACUGUUGUAUCUACCAGGGCCUGGGGUCUUGGACAUGUCCUCUGAGGACCCCCUGGCAAGCUUGGUGGGGACCUGGGGGCCCAUGAGAGCAGGAAGACGGUGCUUUUUAGGCGCUGAGUUGCUGCUACAGUAGCGAGUGUGGCAGCACAUGGUAUAGGAUGGGGGUCUGCGCUGGAUGUUGCAUGGAGGAGCAUUCUCAGGGCUAUAUGCCGCUAGUCCAGGAGUAUGGAAAAGCCCUGCGGGUGGAAACGGCUGCAGUUAGCUUUGGCUUUCUAAAAACAAGCAACAUUUUGAAAUGGAAUGCAAUAGGUUAAUUUAGAUAAUGCAUAUUUGUGAAGUACGUUCAUGAAGUUUAGAUCUAACAGCAGAAGGCAAGGCUUGAGCUGUCACAUCCAGCUGUAUCUUGUUGCCCUACUUAUGUACGUGGCAUAUGAACUGCCACACUCAACAAGGUCCUUAUGUAAUUAACACCUCUAUCAGGAAAAAUCUACAUUUUCACAUAUCCAAUAAAUAGCGCCCUGAGACUGCAGUCCUCUAGGAGGAUGCUUUGGGUCUUUGUCAAAUAAAAACAUGGUUAUACUUGAUUUAUUACAAUGUUAUAGGUGCAUUAAAAUGUGGAAUCAGCUCUGAAUUAAAAGUGUAUUUACCUGAA